GUCAGCGUAUACUCUCGGGCCAGUAAACACGACCCCACAGCCAGCUCAACGCCAAACACUUUGCGUAUAUGCUUCACUUCGCACUUGCACUCAAACUUGCACUCCACGCUUUUCCCGCCCAAGUGCUUGCUAACGCGCUGCUCAGCCUCUCUCUCCUUCUUUCUGGAUCGUCAACUCGUGGUGACCUGAUGACUGAGAUAUGUUACGCUCCCAGGGUCACUCUCAUCGCAAAGUAGUGAUACGAUUUGUUAGCGAGGGCAUCGUUACCCGCCGCUGACCAUGACGAGGCUGGCGCUGCAGGGGAGCAGCAGAACCCUGCUCACCACGUGUCUGCUGGUGUGGGCUGCCGCCGGCGGUGUCUCCGCCAUGAGAGCAGAAGGUACAGUGGUCCUCAACACGCCCAGCGGCAAGAUACGAGGAGAGCGAUACGUGCUGGAUGACGGGUCGCGGGGCAUGAGAUUCCUGGGCAUCCCCUACGCCCGUCCACCUGUCGGUGCCCUGCGCUUUGCAGCGCCGGAGGAAGCGGGGCCCUGGGAAGGGGUUCUGGACGCCUUACAGUUUGGAUCCAUGUGUUACCAGCCGCUGGAAAAUGACGUGUGGGACACCGUCGAGUCCAACGUCGACCUCGGCCACAUCGAGGACCAACUGAAGAAAGCACUGGCGAUGGAGAUCGGGGAAGAACUUCACGAAGAAGAGGUGGAGGAACUGGAAGAUGAAGUGAGAAAGACGGUGCGAGAGACACAGCAACCAAAAAAGAAUGAGGAAUGUCAAGGUGUGAAGUGGAAGCCUGAGUGCCUGGAGGGGAACCUAGACGUGACAGUGCCGGGGGAGGUGGACGUGUUUCGGACGAGUCGUUUAAAUUCCACCUCACAAACCCUUAGUGACACAAGUAGCAACAGUAAGAAUAGUUCUAGUUUCACUGUCAAACCGAUUAGUGAUGAAACACAUUAUAAAAAUAGAGACUUUCUGUUAUUUAGAAGACUAAGAAAUGCAAAUAGUGCAGUGAAAAAUGUAGAAAAAGAUCUUUCCCAGACCCCAGAACCUAUGUAUGUAGAAGGUGUCGCGAGGUCAUUUCCAAUAACCUCUCAGAAAAGCAACGAGAACGUCAAACCAAAAGAUAUUUUAGACAAGACAGACUCCCUAGUGAGACCAAAGGAAGUAUACAAACAAAGGUGGUCAACGGAAAACGGAAAGCCACCGGAGACGUCGAGCAAAUACAGGAAGGAGAAAGAGGAGACACUAGAACACCGUCAGUUCCUGUACAUGAAACAGAAACACAUCGGGGAGUACCACAUGUCUGAAGACUGCCUCACACUCAACGUAUAUACACCCAUCCUAGAAGGCGCCGGCAACGGUGGAGAUGGGGACAGGAGCCAGGACGCCAACGACACCAUGCCCGUCCUCUUCUACGUUCACGGCGGCUCCUUCUUCUCCAACGGCGGCCGCCUCUACCCGGGGGAGAAGCUCGCUUCUGAAGGCAUCGUCGUGGUCACUAUCAACUACCGUCUCGGUCCCUUCGGGUUCCUAUCAACGGGAGACGCCUCAUCGCUGGGCAACUGGGGUUUGUUGGACCAGCGGCUGGCCAUGCUGUGGGUCCGUAAACAUGCACACUCCUUCGGCGCUCACCGGGACAAGUUCCUGCUGGUCGGGAACUCCGCAGGUGCCGCCUCCGUCAUCCUUCAUCUCGUUUCUCCACUCUCCAGAGGGCUGUUCACGCGGGCGGUGGCACUGUCUGGAUGCUCGCUGGCACCCUGGUCCUUACAGACACGCCCACAACACUUCGCACAGAAGCUGGCAGCUGACGUGGGUUGCCCCCAGACCCCUUCUCAGGCACUGGUCGACUGCCUCAGGCUGGCCGACGCCAGCACCAUCAACCAGGUAUAUGAAAAGAACAACUUGAUGGACGGCCUAUGGCUGGCCUUCGCUCCAGUGGUGGAGGGCGACCUUCCUAAUGUGUUCCUGCCACAGAGCCCGAGGAGCGUGUUGGAGAAGGGCUCUGUGCCUCCCGUGCCACUUAUCAUGACCCUCACCAGAGACGAGGUUUCCAUCUGGUUCAGGAAAAGAAACAACAACAUAAGCCUAACUGACGCCGAAGAGUGGAUGGACAUGCUUAUGAAGCAGAAAUAUCCGGAGUUGGACGCCCUUCCCUUGGCCUCCGUCACUCACGCCGUCCGCGCCGCCUAUCUCUACCUCCACGGUCACCACGCCACCAACGCCGCUCCCCAUCCAGUGGUUCCUAUCAAGGUCAUGGCUGAGCUGAUCUCUGACCUUGGUCUGCGCGUGCCUUGUGUGGAGGAGGCAGGACUGCUCAGCCGCUGGACCAACCUCUACUUCGCUGAGUUCUCCUACGCCUCUCCUGACGAUGUCCGUGUCGGCGACCAGGACUGGAUAGGUUCCUACCACGAGAGUGAACUGCAGUUCAUGUUUGGCCAGCCGUUCCUGGGCCUGAAGAACACCCUACGAAGUCCCCACGACCGCACCGUCGCCGCCACCUUCAUGGCGCUCUUCGUCAGCUUCGCCCAUACCGGCAGGGUGCCGGAGGUGAGAGGACUAAAGUGGCCGGUCUACAACCAGAGUCAUCUGCUCCAUCUGGAGAUGAGCGAGAGACUCUCCCUCAACCACAGCCUCGUCCAUCACAGGGUGUGUUUCUGGCAGCAGUUCAUCCCCCUCAUGACGAAGUGGCCCAUGAAGCCACCCAGUGAUGACAGUAGCGUUGCACCGCCCUCGGCCACGUCUACAAGAGCACAUACAUUGCUGCUGCUGCUACUACUGCUGCUACAUGGCCUCCUUCGUGAAGUUCUUCCCUAGACAAUUUACAUCAAACCUCUCACUCAUUUUGUUAUGUCAGAUCUUUGCCUCAGACAAGGAUACUGUGUGUGUGUGUGUGUGUGUGUGUGUGUGUGUGUGUGUGUGUGUGUGUGUGUGUGUGUGUGUGUGUGUGUGUGUGUGUGUGUGUGAGUGCGCACGUGUGUGCGUGCGCACGUGUGUGCGUGUGCACGAGCGUGGGUGUGCGUGUGUGUUACACCAUAGCUUGUCUACCAACUACAGAAUACCCAGACACCCCUUACGUUUGCUCCCACUGUGCCCGCUCCUAUUAUGUCUACUCCCAUUGUUUAUUCUGGAAAUGGCUACUAUCC